GAGUCACCCUGUAUUGUUGACAAAAAGUUGUGAUAAAUUUCUGUUUAAUUUAAAACCUCGUUAUUGAAAUGGAACAUGUAAUAAACGAUAUAAAACAGAAAUUUCUAAGUGGAGUGCCGAUUGACAAAAUUGAUAUUAAUACUGACAUGCUUUUUGAUUGGAAUUUACAGGAAUUCUUAAUUAAGGAAACAGUUCUAAAUGACCUAAAUAUUACAUAUCCUCUUAAGGUAGAAUAUCAAGUAUCGUUUCUUAAAUAUUUGUUAAGAAAACUUCAAGAACUUCAAAUUGAGGAAAUCCAUGAUGCAAUUUAUGAACAAUUAACAAUUAAAUUAAGAGAAGCAAACUUAGAAUAUUCUUAUAAACACUUUUUAAUGCAGGACAAAGGGAUAACAAUUAAAGAGUCAAACAGUUUUGUUCGAGAUGGAACAACAGGAUUAAAGUUAUGGCCAGCCGCAUUAGCUUUGUCAGAUUUUAUACUGCAAAAUAAAUUAAAAUUCAAAGAUAAAUCUGUAUUGGAACUUGGAUCUGGAGGCACAGGACUCAUCGGGCUUGUUUUGCUUAAAAUGUGUGAACCAUGCAAAGUUUUUCUCUCUGAUUGUCAUAAUUUAGUUCUUGAAAAUAUAAGCAAAAACAUUUUAAUGAAUCUAAAAGAUGUCGAAAAAGAAAAUUUACAAAACUCAUUGAGAGUUCACACUCAUUUAAGCCUUGCAAACAAGAUGAAAGAAUUUGGAAUUCUCGAUCUAGCGUGGGAGGAUAUAGACGCAUCUAAAAGCGAAAUCCUUAAACUUAAGCCAAAUGUUUUACUUGCAGCUGAUGUCAUUUACGAUGUCUCAAUUUUUGUGCCACUCAUUAAAUGCAUCAAAGAAGUUUUUCAAAUAGCAGGACCUUCCUUGGUCUUUUAUCUUUCACAAACCAUCAGAAGCAUUACAACAUUUAAUGAAUUCUCCAAUUUAUUGCGAGAAAAUAACUUCAAAAUAACUAAAAUUGAAUUUAUUUCUAAACAUUUUUUUAUAGAUGAAACUUCAACGGAAAUUCAAAUAUUUGAAGUAAAGUUGAAUGAAAAACUUGUUCAAUAAAGUUGGACGGAGAAAAUAAAAUUGUACCGAAAAUUUACUUGCGAUGAUGGAAAAAAUUUUGUAAAUUGGUUGAAACUUCUGCUACCGAUUGUUGAUAAUGAAAAUAUUUUAUUGCUCAUGAACAACUUUUUCAGCAUCCCCAGUAGCAAUUUUUAUAACUUUAGCU